GGGGAGCGAAUGGUUUGGGUGCUGCUUUAGCUCGACGACUCGUUCAUGAGGGUGCUCAAGUAGUUAUUGGUGAUAUUGACGAAAAAUUGGGCAAAGAGCUUGUAACUGAGUUGAACCAAAACAAUCAAAGUAAUGCAAUCUUUGUCCUUUGUGAUGUAUCAAAUUUCGAAUAUCUACGUCAAUUGUUUGAUACAGCGCAGAAUAAAUUUGGCGGCGUUGAUAUUGUAUGCAAUAAUGCUGGAAUUUGGCAAAAGGAUGAAUUUUAUGAUCAAACUGACAGAUGGAUAAGGACUAUUGAUGUUAAUUUAAAUGCCGUAAUUAAAGGUACACAAUUGGGAAUUCAAUUUUUAAAAAAGCGUGGUGGUGGCGUUAUCAUAAAUACAGCUUCACUUAUUGGAUUUUAUGCGUGGGAGACAGCUCCAAUAUAUACUACUACAAAAUUUGGUCUCGUUGGUUUUACCCAAUCAUUAAGAGGGCUGAAUGACACAGACAAAAUUCGCGUUAAUGCUGUCGCUCCUGGAUUUGUCGAUACACGUAUGGUGCAAGGACUAAUCAAAGAAAUUCCUACAGCUAUGCAAACAAUUGAGAAACUUGGAUUUGUUCCUAUUGAUGAAGUAGUAAAUGCUUUUGUGACAAUCAUUAAAGAUGAUAAACUUGUAGGUGAUACUAUCUUGAUUCCGAUGAAGAAUAAAUCACAAAUCGUGUCAAAAUCAUUAUUGUAG